AUGUUUAUUGUUGGACUAAAAUCAACAAAUCGAGUAAUAAAAGAAAAGUUAUUGCUUGAAGAUGGAUUAACAAUCGAUAAAGCAGUCCAAAUAGCACAAUCCAUUGAAAUGACCCAGAGUCAAGCACAAAUGCUUUCAAAAUACGAAACAACAAUCUGCGAGAUCAGAAAGGCUCCAGGUAAAAGUUGGAGUAGUCAUUCCAAUAAAGCAGCAGGAAAAAGCAGCUAUAUGUCAGGCAGUAAAGCGCAGGUUGCAGUAGGUAAAAACUUCAAGAAGAAGGUCAGUAGCGAUGAAUGUAAAUGUGAAAAUAAAGAUAACUUAACAGAAUCUGAUAUUAAUUUAUGUUAUGAGCAAGAAGAUAACUGUAACAAAAAUACAGGGACCAAUUGUUGCAAGGAUAUUACCAAACAAUCCUUCUUAUCUCAAGAGGUAAAUGGCAACACAAGAGUGGUCCCUGUCCCAGAAGCAACCAGUAAUACAGUUACAUCUGUACAGAAAAACAUAAUUAUAGAGGAAUAUUUAAUUUUAAAUGCAAAUGAGAUUCCUACCAGUCAAGAUAGCAUUCAAAUUUUACAAAUAAAUGCAGGCAAUGCAAAUAUUGAAGGUGAUGUUAUUAUGAAAGAUUACCUAUCAGAAGAUGAAAUCUAUACAAAUGAAGAACUUGCGAAUGAAAAUAUGAAAGAAAAUCAUACAUCUCAGGUAGGCGCAUCAAUGGAUGAAAAUUAUGAUCCUUAUAAUGAACCGGCCGAUAAAGCCGGAAAUAAAAAUAUGAGAAAAAUAGCUAGGAAUACAGGCGAGAGGUAUUCAACAAAAAGCGGUAAAAUUAUUAAAAAGAGAAAACUGGGACCAUUAAUAGCUUGUAGGAUGAAGUGUAGGGAAAGGUUGGAGGAAGAAAAUAGACUAUCUAUUUUUGAAGACUACUGGAAAUUAAGUAGUCAUGACAAAAGGGCUGGAUUUGUAGCUGGUCUUAUUGAUGUGAAAUCAAAAAGUCUCGAAAAGAAGAAGCAGCCUAACAAAACCCACAAAAAUAGAGAGUGGACAUACCUUUACAAAUUUAACGUAAAAGGGGGCCAGGUGAGCGUUUGCAAAAACUGUUUUUUAAAAACAUUGGACGAAACCCCCAAAUUCAUCGAAAUUGUGAUGAAUUAUAAGGUUAAGUCUAUUUCCGGGGCUACUAAUGCUGAUAUGCGAGGAAAACAUGAACCAGGGAAUAAAACUGAGGAAAACAAACUUGAAGUUGUAAGGCAACAUAUAGCAUCCUUCCCGGCGUAUGUUUCACAUUAUACCAGAAAACACACAAAUAGAAAAUAUUUAGGUUCUGGUUUAAAUUUAACCAUCAUGUAUGAUCUAUAUUGUCAAUUUACUCAAUCUCCAGUUUCUAAACCGAUUUAUAUCAGAGAACUUAAAAAGACCGGUUUGAAGUUCAAAAAGCCUAUGUUGGAUACUUGCACCAUCUGCGACACAUUAAGCACAAGAAUUCAAAAUAGUGGCCCUGCAGAAAAAAAUUACUAUGAAAAAGAGCUAUUUAGUCAUCAAGAGAUAGCUGACUAUGCAUAUGAAGCAAAAAAAAUUGAUAUUGAAAAGAGCAAAGAAAAUAAUGAUAUGAUAGUUUGCACAUUCGACCUGCAGCAAGUCCUGCCAACGCCUAAAUUGUCAAGUGGAAAUAUGUUUUACAAAAGACAAUUGAAUACAUAUAAUUUGACUGUACACAACUGCACAGACGGAAGUUCCUUUCAUUUCAUGUGGAACGAAACGGUUGCCAAAAGGGGUGCUAACGAAAUUUCCUCAUGUUUAUAUAGUUUUUUGAAUAACCUGCCUCCACAUGUAUCUCAUGUUAUCUUAUACUCAGAUACAUGUGGAGGACAAAAUAAAAAUUCAAUUGUGAUUUCUAUGAUGACUUACUUGAUGCGAGAUCAUCCUUCACUAAAGGUGUUAGAGCAUAAGUUUCUUAUACCCGGUCACACUCACAUGGAGUGUGACUGUGAUCAUGCACUCAUAGAGAGAAAAGCAAAAUCCAGUGAGAUAAAAAUUCAACAUCCCAGGGACUGGUAUCAGUUGGUAAGAACGGCAGGUAAAAAAAAUAAAUUUAAUGUGAUUAUUAUGGAACAGAAACAUUUCUUUGAUUUUGCUUUUCUUACAUCCAAAAAAGCUCCUUUGCAAAAGAAAAAAAACGAUGACAUUGGAAACAAAUUUGAUUAUAGAAAACUUAGAUGGCUUAAAUUUGAAAAAAAAUUCGGGCUUGUUCACUACAAAACUACUUUAACUCAAGACGACGAGUUUAAAUCAAUAAAUUUCAGAAAGACUGGUCAAAUAGAAUUUAUCCUAACGGCUGCUUACAAGGAAAUUUUGCCGAUUAGUGAUAAAAAAAAAUAA